AUGGCCAAUGCUCCCCAGUACGUGCAUCGCCCGCUCCUGCCCAACACUGCAUGCUAACAUUGUCCCCAGCGGCGGCGUCCUCAAGGACCUCAUCGCCCGCGAUGCCCCUCGCCGAGCACAGCUCUCCCAAGAGGCCGAGACUCUUCCCGCCAUUGUCCUCGGCGAGCGUCACCUCUGCGAUCUCGAACUCCUGCUGAGCGGAGGCUUCUCGCCCCUCGAGGGCUUCAUGAACGAGAAGGACUACAAUGGCGUCGUCGAGAACAACCGUCUGGCGGACGGCGCCCUGUUCUCCAUGCCCAUCUGCUUGGACAUUUCAAAAGAGGACGUGGAAGCCUUGGGCGUCAAGCCAGGUGCUCGCAUCACUCUGCGCGACUCCCGCGACGACCGCAACCUUGCCAUCAUCAACGUCGAGGACGUCUACACCCCCGACAAGCAGAAGGAGGCCAAGGAGGUCUUUGGUGGUGACCCAGACCACCCGGCUGUCAAGUACCUCUUCAACCAGACCCACGACUACUAUGUGGGAGGCAAGAUCGACGCCAUUGACCGUCUCAUGCACUACGACUACGUUGGACUGCGAUACACCCCGGCCGAACUCCGUCUGCACUUCGACAAGCUCGGCUGGUCCAAGGUGGUGGCCUUCCAGACCAGAAACCCAAUGCACCGCGCGCAUCGUGAGCUCACCGUUCGUGCCGCCCGCCAGCGACAAGCAAACGUCCUCAUCCACCCCGUUGUAGGUAUGACCAAGCCCGGCGACAUUGAUCACUUCACUCGUGUCCGUGUCUACCAAGCUCUGCUUCCCCGGUACCCCAACGGAAUGGCUGUCCUUGGUCUCCUUCCUUUGGCCAUGCGUAUGGGUGGGCCUCGUGAGGCCAUCUGGCACGCCAUCAUCCGCAAGAACCACGGUGCCACUCACUUCAUUGUUGGCCGUGACCACGCUGGUCCGGGCAAGAAUAGCAAGGGCGAGGAGAUCUACGGCCCAUACGACGCUCAGUACGCUGUGGAGAAGUACAAGGACGAGCUCGGCAUUGAGGUCGUUCCCUUCCAGAUGAUGACUUACCUGCCAGACUCGGACGAGUACCGACCCAAGGAUGAGGUCCCUAAGGAUGUCCGCACCCUCGAUAUCUCUGGUACUGAGCUCCGUCGCCGUCUGAGGACUGGUGGCGACAUCCCCGAGUGGUUCUCGUACCCAGAAGUCGUCCGAGUUCUGCGUGAGUCACAUCCACCCCGCAAUAAGCAGGGUUUCACAGUCUUCCUCACCGGAUACACCAACUCGGGCAAGGACGCCAUCGCGCGUGCGUUGAAUGUCACCCUCAACCAGCAGGGAGGCCGCUCCGUCUCUCUCCUUCUGGGCGAAAACGUCCGCUCAGAGUUGUCUUCGGAGCUUGGCUUCUCCCGCGAGGACCGGCACAAGAACAUCCAGCGCAUCGGCUUUGUCGCCUCCGAGCUGACGCGCGCCGGUGCCGCCGUCAUCGCCGCUCCCAUCGCACCCUUCACCUCAUCCCGCAAAGCUGCGCGUGAGGUGGUCGAGAAGCAUGGUUCCUUCUACCUCAUCCAUGUCGCCACACCUCUCGAGUACUGCGAGAAGACCGACCGACGUGGCAUCUACGCCAAGGCCCGUCAAGGCCAGAUCAAGGGUUUUACUGGUGUUGAUGAUCCAUACGAGGCUCCCAAGGACAAGGAGGCGGAUCUGGUUGUGGAUAUCAGCAAGGAGAAUGUGAGGACCGCGGUGCACCAAAUUGUGCUACUGCUUGAGGCGGAGGGUCUGCUUGAUCAGUUGUAA